GUUUCUGACAGCCUGACUUCAAUUAUGGCCACAGAAGGCAAUCAGGUUCCCCUGCGUCAGAAGCCGAGGAAGAAAACUCAAGGAUUUUUCACCAUGAGUCGGAGGAGGAUAUCCUGCAAAGAUCUGGGCCACGCUGACUGCCAGGGUUGGCUGUACAAGAAAAAGGAAAAGGGGACUUUCCUAAGCACCAAAUGGAAAAAGUUCUGGGUGGUGCUGAAGGGGUCAUCGCUGUACUGGUAUAGCAAUCAAAUGGCAGAUAAAGCUGAUGGAUUUGUCAACCUGCCAGAUUUCACAGUGGAAAGAGCCUCUGAAUGCAAGAAAAAACAUGCAUUUAAGAUCAACCACCCACAGAUCAAAGCCUUCUACUUUGCAGCAGAGAAUUUGCAGGAAAUGAAUGUGUGGUUAAACAAACUUGGGUUUGCAGUCAUCCAUCAGGAAUCCACUACAAAGGAUGAAGAAUGUUACAGUGAGAGUGAGCAGGAAGAUCCUGAAAUAGCUGUGGAGACGCCACCCCCUCCGUACGCUUCUGCCACUUCCUCUCCUGUGGGACGUGUAGAUACUGCCCGGCGGGCGUCUUCCUCUUCACCUCGACUGAGAGAUUCGUCAUGCUCUUUCUCCUCUCUGGAAAACACCGUAAAGGCACCCAGCCGGGCUUCUUCCUCGGGAUCUAAAGAAAGACAGUCCUGGCUCGACAUGGUGAACAGCACGCCUGUGGCUGAAGAUGUGGGGCAGCCCCUGACAUUUACUGUACAGGUCCACACACCUGCAUCCUCAGAGGCAAGCAAUUGCCGGGCCCCAGAAAACAGCUCCGUCAUUUCGGAAAGCGGGUUUUUGAACUCUUUAUCUAGCGAUGACACCUCUUCGUUGAGCAGCAAUCAAGACCAUCUGACAUCUGACAGAGCUGCUGGAUCAAGGAUGAUGGACAGAGAAGAAAUAAAAGUAUCUGAGGAUGAUGAGAUGGAGAAACUCUACAAAUCAUUGGAGCAAGCUAGUCUGUCUCCUCUCGGGGACCGGCGACCUUCAACCAAGAAGGAGCUGAGAAAGUCUUUUGUGAAGCGGUGCAAGAACCCAUCCAUAAAUGAGAAGCUUCACAAGAUCAGGACCCUGAACAGCACGUUAAAGUGCAAAGAACACGAUCUGGCCAUGAUCAACCAACUGCUGGAUGAUCCAAAGCUGACUGCCAGGAAGUACAGAGAGUGGAAGGUCAUGAACACCCUGCUGAUCCAGGACAUCUAUCAUCAGCAGCAGAUGACUACCUCAGGACUCAGGCAUUGUGCUCAUGAACAGAAGAGCCUCAGCAGCAGAGACAGAGGCUACCAUGCAUGUCCCCAAGCAUGCCCAUGUUAGCUGGGGCUGAAAACUACUGAAGCUGCUGAACCUUGUCUGCAUGUAACAAUUACAAAACAUCAGAGUGCCAAUAA